CGGAGCAGGUUGCACCAGUUGCCGGGAUCGCUGCACCAACCAGCAAAAUGUCGUCCGAAAUGGCAGCCGAGGGAGAUAAACUUUGGGGAGGAAGAUUCAGUGGAAGCACAGAUCCGGUCAUGGAGAUGCUCAAUGCUUCUAUUACCUAUGAUCAGAGACUGUCUGAAGUUGAUAUCCAGGGGAGCAUGGCUUAUGCCAAAGCCCUGGAGAAGGCUGGAAUCCUAUCUAAAGCUGAGCUGGAGAAGAUCCUGGGUGGCCUGGAAAAGAUCUCUGAGGAAUGGUCUAAAGGAAUCUUUGUCGUGGCCAAAAGCGAUGAGGACAUCCACACUGCCAAUGAACGCAGACUAAAGCAGCUGAUUGGAGACCUAGCAGGAAAGCUGCACACUGGAAGAAGCAGGAAUGAUCAGGUUGUGACCGACUUGAAGCUGUUCAUGAAGAAUUCCCUCUCUGUCAUCUCCACUCACCUCCUGCAGCUCAUUAAGACCCUGGUGGAACGUGCUGCCAUAGAAAUUGAUGUUAUCUUGCCCGGCUACACCCACCUGCAGAAAGCUCAGCCCAUCAGAUGGAGCCAGUUCUUGCUCAGGUAAGCACCUCUCACACUUGGCU